UCUCCCUCUCAACCCUACACCAGUGCAUUUCAGGGGUGAUAGGCAGUGGAUGUCACAUUCUAUAUGUUAAUUUUUUUAUUGUGUUUUGUGCAUUGGAAUUGAGACUGUUAUUUCGUUUAACGAAGAAUCUCCAUGUUUACGGGAAUAAUAUUUAGAAGUGAAAAAAAAUGUUAGCCUUAUAAAGUUUAUCGUGAUUAACGUGUGUAAUUGCUUGUCAAAAGUGUUGAGAUUGUGAAAUUAAUAAGUGGACCCACUUUUAGUGAACGAGUUCGAAGAGAUAUACCUAUACAAAGGCUAUAGAGAACGGGAGCGACAAACGAAAGUGACGUCACAAGUCCCGAGAAACAAGACAGUCUGCAUUCUUAUGGCUUGAUUGCAUUUUGUCGUGAAUAUAUAAAAACAUUUUCUUUUUCUUCCUUGAUUCGAUUAAAACUUUUUCUAUUGAGAUUUAGAAUUUUUUAAGGUUAAAAAAAAGAGAAAAACGUUUCAAUUUAUAUAUAGUGACUUUAAUCUUUAGAUGUAUUGAAAAACGUGAAAACAAUAAAUAUAGUGAAAGAUUCAUUUCAAUGACAAUUAGUCGUCUGCAUCCAUGAAUCAGCGUUCCUUCAUCUACUGAUUCUCUUUUUUAAAGAAAAGAAAAAUUAAAACAGAAGGAGAUCAACAUCUAUUGUAAUUACGAAAAAAAGAAAUCGUUUCCUAAGCAACAAUGGAUUCUGAAGAAGAAACGUACGAUGUGGAUUCAGGUAAUGAAUCCAGUGGAGAUGAUAAUAUGGAGUUUGCCAUGGAAAUUGAAGCCGCAAGUCCUAGAGAACGAGCCAGUGACGUUGAUGAUUAUCCUUUUGAAGUUUUAUCAACGGAAGAAAUUGUUCAACACAUGGUGGAUUCGAUAAAAGAUGUAAACACAGUUGUCGAGAUUCCAGCGACUACAACGCGUAUUUUACUUAAUCAUUUCAAAUGGGAUAAAGAAAAAUUAAUGGAACGAUUUUACGAUGGCGAUCAAGAAAAAUUAUUUGCAGAAGCCAGGGUUAUUAAUCCCUUCAGACAAGGUCCCGUAAUUAAUCGGAAUCGUGCUUCCCAAAGUUCUUUGAUAAGGCGCACAUCAACGAAUGGAACGGAAGAAUGUGCAAUUUGUUUUAUAUCUUUACCAUUGCCUAUGAUGACUGGACUAGAGUGUGGACAUCGAUUUUGCACUGGAUGUUGGGGGGAAUAUCUAACGACAAAAAUUAUGGAAGAAGGCGUUGGUCAAACAAUUGCUUGCGCCGCACACGCUUGUGACAUUUUAGUUGACGAUGCAAGUGUAAUGCGACUUGUAAAGGAUUCCAAAGUUAAACUGAAAUAUCAACAUCUCAUAACAAAUAGCUUUGUUGAAUGUAACAGGCUUUUGAGGUGGUGUCCAUCGCCAGAUUGCAAUAAUGCGAUAAAAGUUCAAUACGUUGAAUCACGACCCGUGACAUGCAAAUGUGGUCACACUUUUUGUUUUCUUUGCGGUGAAAAUUGGCAUGACCCAGUUAAAUGUCAUCUUUUACGAAAGUGGAUUAAAAAAUGCGAUGACGACUCAGAGACAUCAAAUUGGAUUGCGGCAAAUACUAAAGAAUGUCCAAAGUGUAAUGUGACAAUUGAAAAGGACGGCGGUUGCAAUCACAUGAUUUGUAAGAAUCAAAAUUGUAAAACGGAAUUUUGUUGGGUAUGCUUGGGUCCAUGGGAACCACAUGGCUCAAGUUGGUAUAGUUGUAAUCGUUAUGAUGAAGAUGACGCUAAAACUGCACGAGACGCACAGGAAAAGUCUCGUGCUGCGCUUCAGCGCUAUUUAUUUUAUUGCAAUCGUUACAUGAAUCACAUGCAGUCACUUAAGUUUGAGCACAAACUUUACGCUAGCGUCAAGGAAAAAAUGGAGGAAAUGCAACAGCACAAUAUGUCAUGGAUUGAAGUCCAGUUUUUGAAGAAAGCUGUAGAUAUUCUUUGCUCCUGCCGACAAACAAUGAUGUACACGUAUGUUUUCGCGUACUAUUUAAAGAAAAAUAAUCAAUCUGUGAUUUUCGAGGCUAACCAAAAGGAUCUUGAAGGUGCAACAGAGUGUUUAUCUGAAUAUUUAGAGAGAGAAAUCACAAGUGAAAAUCUUGCGGAUAUAAAACAGAAAGUACAGGAUAAGUACCGAUACUGCGACAGUCGACGAAAAGUUUUGCUAGAACACGUACAUGAGGGCUACGAAAAAGAAUGUUGGGACUAUUUAGAUUAAAUCUAAAAGCAAUUGUUUUUGGUCUCCGUAACUGUGAUAAAUCCGGAAAAACCAAGACAACACAGAAAAAAAAUCAAAUUAAAAGACUAAACAAGGGAAAAGGAUCCAAGAAAAAUUAAAAAAAAAAAAAUUGUUUUUACUUUUGAAUUCGUAAAAACUGUUUCUUUCAAAAUUUAAAACUUCAAAGUUUUAAUUCUAUUAUUUAUUAUAUUAAAGAAAUAUAUAUAUUUUUUUUUCUUGUUAUUUAAGAAAUCCGAGAAACUAACCAGAGCAGAUUUUACAUAAUCGACUUUGAAUUUGUAUUCUCAAAAAAAAAGAAGAAGAAAACCUUAUUGAAAAUACGGAAAAAAAUAUUAACGAUGUAUUUCUAAAGUUAUUUUUACUCCGUAUAAGAUCCUCAACUCUCUUUGAUAAUUCACGCACGGCUUACUUAAUUUUUUUUUCUUCACAUUAAUAAAUAAGGAUAUCGAGUUAUCCGUUUGAAACUGCCAAUCAUUUAACUCAAUUCAUAAAAUAUACAUAUAUGUAUAUAUAUAUAUGUGUGUGUGUGUUCUCAUCACCAAAGUAAAAAGUAAUAUUUUCAAAGACCGCUGAUGACAAUUUCAUCAAUUGGUAUUCAAUUAAAUUGGCUGAUCAUGAAUGAAAAAUAUAAAUUUUCUAUAUCACAUUAAUUUAAAUAUUGCAGAUACACAGUAUUCAACUUGUACGUUUUCAUAGAAUUAACGACAAUUUUCAAACUCUUUCUUGGAUGACAUCUGAGGAGCGCGUUUAAAAUGAAACUGAUAUUUAGAAAAUAUCUUGUUUCUUUUAAUCGGUUCUCAAAAAAAAAAAAAAAAAAAAAUUAAAAGAAAAUUAAAAAAAAACAAAAGAA